UCGUUUCUUUCAUCUCCCUUUAACCAAUUCCAUAGGAGCAUGAAUCCAAAACUUGAAGAAAUAUCUACAAGACUAGAACAUUUUGUGAAACAAAAAGAUAUUCUUGGUUUUCAAAGUGUUUCUAGGAGAGUUUCUUGUAGAACAGCUACAGAUUCAUUGAUUGAACCUAUUGUUGUUGCAAGAGAUGAUGACAAAGAAAAGCUACUGAACAUGCUUCUAUCUGAUGACCAUGAAAAGAAGAACAAUAUAGAAGUAAUUACAAUAUUGCCCAUGGGAGGAAUGGGAAAAACAACCCUUGCUCAAUCCCUUUAUAAUGACAGUGAAGUGCAGGAACAUUUUGAUUUGAAAGUUUGGGCAUGGGUGUCAGAUGAUUUUGAUGUUUUUAGAGUGACAAAAAUUGUUGAAUCUCUCACAUUGAAAGAUAGUAAUAUUACUAAUUUGGAUGUUCUUCGUGUUGAAUUAAGGAAUAGGUUAAGAGAGAAGAAAUUUUUGCUUGUGCUUGAUGACCUUUGGAAUAACAAGUAUAAUGAUUGGCAUCACCUAAUAGCUCCUUUCAGCGGCGGGAAGAAAGGAAGUAAGAUCAUUGUGACAACCCGACAACAAAGAGUUGCACAGAUCACACAUACUUUUCCCAUUUGUGAGUUGAAGCCUCUUACAGAUGAUAAUUGUUGGCACAUACUAGCCAAUCAUGCAUUUGGAAAUGAAGGUUACGACAAAUAUCCUAGCCUCGAAGAAAUUGGUAGGAAAAUUGCAAGAAAAUGCAAUGGCCUACCACUAGCUGCUAAAACAUUGGGAGGCCUUUUGCGAUCAAUUGUUGAUCUUGGUGACUGGAAAAGAAUUCUGAACAGCAGCUUAUGGGCACAUGAUGAUGUUUUACCCGCUCUACGCAUAAGUUAUCAACAUCUUCCAGCACAUAUGAGAAGAUGUUUUGCUUACUGCUCAAUUUUUCCAAGACAACAUUUUUUGAAUAAGAAGGAAUUGAUUUUGUUAUGGAUGGCUGAAGGCUUUCUUCAACAGGUCCACAGUGAGAAAGCAAUGGAAUCAGCAGGUGAUGAUUGCUUUAAUGAAUUCUUAUCUAGAUCCUCAAUUGACAAAGAGAAAGCUGAAGUUGGAGAAAAGUUUCGAAUGCAUGACCUCAUUUAUGAUUUAGCAAAACUAGUAUCCGGAAAAAGUUCAUGCUACUUUGAAUCUGGUGGUAAGUUCCCGGGAAGUGUUCGCCAUCUAACAUUUAUUGCAAGGAAGUUUGAUGUAACUAGGAGAUUUGAGGGCUUGUAUGAGCUAAAUUGUUUGCGGACCUUUCUACCACGAUUCCGAUAUCCAACUCAAUGUUACUUAGCAAAAAUAGUAUCAUGUGAUUGGUUGCCAAAACUAAGAUGCUUGCGAACAUUCUCAUUGUCUAAUUACAAAAAUAUCACUGAGCUGCCCGAUCCAAUUGGUAAUCUGGUGCUUCUAAGGUAUCUAGACCUUUCCAAUACUUGCAUCAAAAUGUUGCCUAAUGCAACCUUUGUGCUUUACAAUCUGCAGACUUUGAAAUUAUCCAAUUGUAAAUUUCUAAUUCAGCUGCCAGAACAAUUAGGAAAUUUGAUCAAUUUACGUCACUUGGAUAUCAGUGGCACAAAUUUGGAGUUGCCGACACAAAUAUGCAAUCUACAAAGUCUCUGUACAUUGACUUCUUUUGUAGUAGGCAAACAAAAUGGACUAAGCAUCACGGAAUUAGGAAGAUUUCCCCAUUUGCAGGGUAAGCUUUCCAUUUUGGAACUACAAAAUGUUGACCAUCCCAUGGAGGCAUUUCAAGCCGACCUAAAGAAAAAAGAGCAGAUUGAGGAGCUUACGUUAGAAUGGGGUAGUGAUUCACAAGAUUCACAAAUGGCCAAAGAUGUACUUGACAAUCUGCAACCGUCAACAAAUUUGAAGGAACUCAACAUCAGAUCCUAUGGCGGCACAAGCUUUCCAAAAUGGCUGGGUGAUUCUUCAUAUUCUAAUGUUAUAGUCAUUGGUAUUACUGAUUGCAACUAUUGCUUGUCACUUCAACCAUUUGGACAAUUACCUUCUCUUAAGGAGCUUGCCAUCAAAAGGAUGAAAAUGGUAAAUACAAUUGGCAAUGAAUUCUACUGCACCAAUAUAGGUUUGCCUUCUUUUCAUCCAUUUCCGUUGUUAGAGAGUCUCCAAUUCGAAGACAUGCCAGAGUGGGAGGAGUGGUUACCAUUUGAAGGUGAAGGUAGCAACUUUUUUUUUCCUUGUCUUAAGAGUUUGACAUUAUCCAAGUGCCCUAAUUUGAGAGGAAACUUGCCCAGCUCUCUACCUUCAUUAACAAAGAUUAGUAUCUUAGAGUGCAACCUGCUACAAGCAAAAUCAUGUGAUCUGCAAUGGAAAUCAUCAGUUGAAGAAAUACAUAUUAGAGAAGGGGGAGAAGACCUGUUGUCUUUGCUUGACAAAUAUUCUUGGUUGGAACUAUCAAUUGAAAAUUGUGGCAGCUUUCAAUCUUUGCCAAGAAUGAUACUCGGUGCCAAUUGUCUUCAAAGGUUGACUCUUCUAAAUAUCCCUUCUUUGAUUUCUUUCCCAACACAUGGUUUGUCCACGUCAUUGCAAUCGCUUAAAAGCAUGGACUGUGGGAACUUAGAAUUUCUAUCUCAUGAAACAUGGCACAAAUACACAUCACUUGAAAACCUGCGAAUUUGGAAUAGCUGUCAUUCCAUGAAAUCCUUUCAAUGGGAUUGUUUCCCAUCCCUUCCCUGGAUUGAUAUAUGGAAUUGUCCCAACUUGGAAGCAAUUACUACUCAAGGUGGAUGGGUUGCUCUCAAAUUAUCAAAUUUUUUUACCUGGGAAUGUGAGAAACUUUCGUCACUGCCAGAACAGAUUGUUCUCCCUGUCCUUAAAAUCUGCUGCCUUACAAGGCUUCCGCAGCUAUUAUCGAUUCCCCCAAGUUGUUUGCCUUCCAGUUUAGAAUCACUUCAUCUUGAUAUUGGAAUUUUAUCAUCAAUGUCUAAAUAUGAGUUAGGUUCGCUAUUCCAAUGCCUCACUUCUCUGUCAAGUCUUAACAUUGUGGGUUUGCGGGGGGAAGAUCUGCUCAAUACCUUGUUGAAGGAGCGGUUACUGCCCACUUCUCUCCAGGAUAUGAGCUGUCCGAUUUUGAUGGUUUAAAGUUGUUGGAAGGAAAAGGGCUUCAGCAUCUCACUUCUCUCCGAGAGCUUCACAUCUGGAAUUGUGGAAGCCUUGAGUCCUUGCCAGAAGCUCAAUUGCCACCCUCUCUAGAAUUACUGGAGAUUUGUUUCUGUCCUUUACUAGAAGCAAGGUAUCAAAGUCAGAAAGGGAAAUAUUGGUCUAAGAUUGCUCACAUUCCGGCAAUCCAGAUAAAUGAUGAAGUGAUAAU